AGUCAAGAGCGUGAAAUCGGCCCCACCAUAGAUAUUGUUGCAUCAGGCGUGACAGACUGCGCCAACCUUGCGUUCCCCUGGGUCUGGACUCUGACUCUGUAUAUAUACGGGAUAUGGCCUACUGACCGGCACUCCCACCCGGUCUUUGGAUUAUAAUGGCUAACUACUCUUAUCUACUCCUCGGCCUUGCCGCCCUACUGGCUGUAGCACACACCGCCCCCGCCGACCAGAAGGCAGCGGAGUCUGCCCCCGCUGUCGCAUCCGACGCUGCCGCCCCUGCCGAGGACAAGAACGAUCUCAAGGCCAGCAGUACGUACGGUCUGGGCUACGGACUGGGAUAUGGACACGGAUACGGACACGGAUAUGGACAACUCGGCUAUGGUGUGGCUCCUAAGAUAGUGGCUCCCUACGGCCUAGGGUAUGGAGGCUACGGAUAUGGAGGCUAUGGAAAAGCUUAUGUGGUGCCAGCUUACGCUCAUGGACUCGGUUAUGGACACGGAGUCGGCUACGGACAUGGACUCGGAUACGGACACGGUCUCGGUUACGGACAUGGACUCGGCUACGGACACGGUCUCGGCUACGGAGGCCUGGGCGUUGGCUACGGAGGACACGCUCUGGGAUUAGGUCACGGCUACGGUGGUUAUCCAUACUAUGGUUGAAAAUACAUUAGAAUAAUAUAAUGUACAUAGUGUUUUUUACAAAUAUAAUUUUUAUUUAUUUGUA